CGGAAACAAGUGGUUUCUCAAGUUGCGUUCGAUGACAAUGAUAGAAAUGAAUCAAAGGCAUGGGCGAUAGUGUCGGUUCGGCACCUGAAGGCAGCUUUCGCGGGAUUCAGCUUCGGAAGGGCCUGUUUACCGCUCGUUAGUAAGUGACAGCUGGUAUCGGUACGGUCGUUAUCUCCCAGUAUGGUAAUGAGAUCUUGGAUCGUGCCCUUGCACUUGGCCGCCUGGCUGCUGCUUCUGCUCGUGGAUUGCCCCCCUCCAACUGUUGCAGCUGCAAACAAGGACUCGUGUGGAACGUGUAGGAAGUUGGUGGACAGGUUCCACAAGGGUUUAAAAGAUACAGCAAAAAAUAAUUUUGGAGGCGGAAAUACUGCGUGGGAAGAGAAGACUUUAUCAAAAUAUGAAUCCAGUGAAAUUCGCCUUGUAGAGAUUAUAGAAAAUCUGUGCGACAGCAGUGACUUUGAAUGUAACCAGAUGUUAGAGGAGCAUGAAGAACAGGUUGAAAAAUGGUGGUUCAAAAUGAGGAAGAAGUAUCCAGAUUUACUAAAAUGGUUUUGCAUUGACACUAUUGAAGUUUGCUGCCCCUCCGGAACAUAUGGACCUGACUGUUUAGCUUGUCUGGGCGGUUCUGAGCGACCAUGCCACGGGAAUGGCCUUUGCAGUGGUGAUGGUACGAGAAGUGGUGACGGAUCUUGUCGCUGUAAUGUGGAGUACACAGGACCGUUUUGUCUAGAAUGUGCAGAUGGAUACUUCAGUUCUGAAAGAAAUGACACUCAUUCAGUUUGCACUGCAUGUCAUCCUGCUUGUAAAACAUGCCACGGGCCAUCUAAUAAGGAUUGCAAAGACUGUAAAGAUGGAUGGACCAAACAAGAUGAAAGCUGUGUAGAUGUUGAUGAGUGUGGAGCAGAAGAAUCUCCCUGCAAAGAGGACAAAUAUUGUUUAAAUACAGAAGGCUCAUAUUCGUGUAAAGCAUGUGAUAGAAGCUGUAUAGGUUGCACUGGGGAAGGCCCUGAAAACUGCAAAAACUGCACAUCAGGAUAUGUGUUACAGGACAGCAAAUGUACAGAUAUAAAUGAGUGUGAUGGAGAGGAGAAAGUCUGCUUGCGUGACAAUGAAAACUGUACGAACACUCCAGGAAGCUACACAUGUAGUUGUGCUGAUGGUUUUGAAGACAAGGAUGGGGAAUGUGUGGAAGUUGUGAAAAAGGGUAAGGCUUUAGAGACCCUUCAGCUUGGUGUGUUGUUGCCCUACUAUUAAAAACACCUGGCAAACUUAGA